CUCUUUUCUGGACAGAGGUUCAGGGUUUUAGCCUUCACCCCCACCUCCAUUUCCACAGAAAUCAAUCCAAUCCCUAGAAUCAAUCAAAACCCCCUCAAGGUGGACAGAUCUCCGAACAUCAAUGAAUUUCCAGUUCCAGAAUCUCUUAGGAGCUCCAUACAGAGGCGGAAACGUGAUAAUCUCCGGCAACUCUCAGCUUAUUUCACCAGUUGGUAAUCGAAUCUCAGUUACUGAUCUUAUUAAAUCUGAAACAUCAACUUUACCAUGUCAAACAUCAUCUAAUAUCUCUAAAAUCGCUGUAUCUCCUGAUGGUAAAUUUCUAUUAUGUGUUGAUGAAAACAAUCGAUGUUUGUUUAUUAAUCUCAGCCGCCGUGUGAUUUUACAUCGUAUUUCAUUUAAAAAACCGAUUUCUUCAAUUAAAUUUAGUCCUGAUGGUGGAUUGAUUGCUAUUGGUACUGGUAAAUUGCUUCAAAUAUGGCGGUCGCCGGGUUUUCGUAAAGAGUUUUUUCCGUUUCAGCUGGUGAGGACGUUUGCGGAGUGUAAUGGAGCGGUGACGGCGUUGGAUUGGAGUCCUGAUAGUAAUUAUGUUAUUGCUGGGUCGAAAGAUUUGGCUGUUAGAGUGUUUUGUUUGAAGAAAUUGAAGGGAUUUAAUAAACCUUAUAUGCUUUUAUCUCAUAGGGAUACGAUUUUGGGGGUGUUUUUUAGUCUUGAUAAGGGUACGGAAGAGGUUUCGAGAGCGUAUACGAUAUCGAGGGAUUGUUUGAUAUGUAGCUGGAAAUAUGUUGGUAAUGACGGUGGCAAAGCUGACGAUAUGGAGAUGGAAUUUUCGGAUCCACCUUCUCCGGGCACACCAGAGAAGGGAGGGGAUGGAAAUGAAAUUGUGGGUGUCAAUGGUAAUGUUGGUAAGAAGAAGAGGAGGAGAUUUGGUGGGAAUGCUGAUGAAGAAAGUGAGUUUAAUCUUCAUAGAGGAAAGUGGGAAUUGUUAAGGAAAGAUAACUUUGGUCAAGCUCCAGCGAGAUUGACGUCUUGUGAUUACCAUCGAGGUCUUGAACUAGUAGUUGCAGGGUUUUCGAAUGGUGUUUUUGGUCUCUAUCAAAUGCCUGAUUUUGUAUGUAUUCAUUUGCUUUCUAUAUCAAGAGAGAAGAUUACUACAUCUGUGUUUAAUGAACUGGGGAACUGGUUGACAUUUGGGUGUGCUAAACUCGGGCAGUUGCUUGUUUGGGAGUGGCGGUCAGAGAGUUAUGUCUUGAAACAACAGGGUCAUUAUUUUGAUGUGAAUUGCCUUGCGUAUUCCCAUGAUUCACAGCUUUUAGCUACUGGAGCAGAUGACAAUAAAAUCAAGGUAUGGACGGCUUCAUCGGGUUUUUGUUUUGUAACGUUCUCCGAACACACAAAUGCAAUCACUGCACUGCAUUUUACUGGGAACAACAAUGCUCUGCUAAGUGCAUCUUUAGAUGGCACUGUCCGUGCAUGGGAUAUGUUACGUUAUCGGAAUUUCAGGACAUUUACUACGCCAUCUUCUAGGCAAUUUGUUUCUUUGGCAGCGGAUCAGAGUGGUGAAGUAAUUUGUGCUGGAACUCUUGAUUCAUUUGAGAUUUAUGUAUGGUCAAUGAAAAGUGGGCGUUUGUUGGACGUUCUUAGUGGUCACGAAGGACCUGUGCAUGCAUUGAUGUUUUCUCCUACAAAUGCGGUCUUAGCUUCAUCUUCAUGGGACAAAUCUGUUCGCCUAUGGAAUGUAUUUGAAGGUAAAGGUGCUGUCGAAACAUUCACACAUACACAUGAUGUUCUUACAGUUGUAUAUCGUCCAGAUGGAAAGCAAUUAGCUUGCAGUACAUUAGAUGGUCAGAUCCAUUUCUGGGAUCCUGUAGAUGGGAUUUUAAUGUAUACGAUUGAGGGUCGUCGAGACAUUGCUGGGGGGCGUCUCAUGACUGAUAGGAGAACAUCAGCUAACUCAAGCUCAGGAAAGUGUUUCACAAGCUUGUGUUACUCUGCUGAUGGCAGUUAUAUGUUGGCUGCGGGAAGUAGCAAGUAUAUAUGUGUGUACGACAUUGCAGAUCAGGUAUUGUUACGAAGAUUUCAAAUAACCCUCAACCUUUCUCUGGAUGGGGUGUUGGACUUCUUAAACUCGAAGAAGAUGACUGAUGCCGGGCCAAUGGAUUUAAUCGAUGAUUAUGAUAGUGAUGUAGAGGAAGGCAUUGACAAACAAACCAGGACAAAGCUGGCCUAUAAUCUGCCAGGGUCUAUGCCAAACAAUGGAAGGCCAAUUAUCCGUACAAAGUGCCUAAAAAUUGCACCAACUGGCCGAAGUUGGGCAGCAGCAACGACAGAGGGUGUUUUAAUCUAUUCAAUGGACGAAUCUUUUGUUUUUGAUCCCACAGAUCUUGACAUGGAUGUUACACCAGAGGCAGUUGAAAAAGCUCUAUCUGAGGAUCAACACCAGAGGGCUUUGUUGCUCAGUUUCCGUCUAAAUGAGGAUUCUCUAAUUAAACACUGUAUAAUGUCUGUGAAACCAUCAGACAUACCAGCUAUUGCUUCAUCAAUCCCCUUCAGAUAUUUACAGAGGCUAAUGGAAGCACUAUCAAACCUGUUGGAAAAUUCUCCAUACCUGGAGUUUAUUCUGCGGUGGUGUCAGGAAUUCUGUAAAGCUCAUGGUCACUCAAUUCAGGAAAACUUCAGAACUCUGCAUCCGGCCCUGAGAUCUCUGAACAAGGCAAUUACUAGAUCACACCAAGAUCUAUCCGAGACAUGUUCAUCGAACUUGUACUCGCUUAGAUAUUUAACCUCUACAAUCACGAAGAAUUGACUGACAUUCUUAUAGGAACUAGCUAAAGGUUUGUCAGUUUGAAAGGGUUAGUCAGGAAGGUUGUAUACCCUUGCAUUGGAACUUGAAGAAAAACUUGGGUAAAAAAGAAAAGCGACUAGUUGAGUCUAAGGUCAGUCAAAUUUCAUUUCUUUAACUUCUUAAGCCCUUUGUUGACUUGAAAGUCUAUAAAGCUGGCUGCCACUGUAAAGUCCCGUGGAACGGAUUAGUUGGUUAAGUCUGGCCUCUGGAGUCUCAACAAGAAACAGCUAUUAAAUGAAAGGUUCCAAAUUGACAUUAGAAUUUUUGUCUUUUUAAAUUCUAGCUAGAUUCUUUUUUUUCCCUUCUGAUUGUUGGUUGUGAUGACGAAGGAUGGAUUACUGAUAAUGAUGAUGAUGAUGCCAAUGUUGGUUGUUCAUGAAUCUGAGUGGGUUGAAUUUUUUGUUUGGUUUUUCUA